UUGCCCAGGGAUGACAUGUGCAUUCCUGCCCUCAGGGAGAGGCACGGGCUGUGCAGCCUCUUCAACAAAGCUGGGGCAGCAGGCCAAAACAAGCAACACUUUAUUACGAAGAACACAGCCAAGCUAGACCGCGAGACAGAAGAGCUGCACCAUGACAGGGUGCCCCUGGAGGUGGGCAAAGUCAUCCAGCAGGGCCGGCAGAGCAAGGGCAUGACGCAGAAGGACCUGGCCACGAAAAUCAACGAAAAACCACAAGUUAUUGCUGACUACGAAUCGGGAAGAGCAAUCCCCAAUAACCAGGUUAUGGGCAAGAUUGAAAGAGCCAUCGGUCUUAAGCUGCGUGGGAAAGACAUUGGAAAACCACUCGAAACAGGCCCCAAAGGGAAAUGAAAAUAAAGCCUCGAAAUCAGUUUCUUCAGACUGAUCUCGUCUGGCUGGUUCUCCUUAACCACCAGAAUCUCUCAUCGUAUUGCCAAGCUGAACAAGAGGGUUUCAGACUUGCUUUGGGGGGGAAGGCUGCAGAAUCUGUACUUGCUGUAAAAAGGCGACCUUAAAGAAGCGAUUUUCCUGAUUUUGUUUUUCCUUCCUCCUUUCCAGAGAUUGAGGAACUAAAUCCUGAAAAAUACUGCAUCCAAUUUGCCAGAAAACAUGUGCGUCUUGGUGUUUAGAAGCAGCUAAUGUUAAGACACUUAGGGUGAUCUGAAAUGAGAUCAUUUAAUUGGAGCAAUUUUGGGGGAGGGUGGGAUAUAUUAUAUAUAAAUAGUUUGGGAGAGCUGGGGAUUGAUUGGUGUCUGCAUCUGAAAUGAAUGACUCAGUCACUGCAUUGCAAUGACAUUUUUGUUUGUUCCUUCCAGCCUGUUUUAAAGA